UCUCUGCGACCACCGCAGCCCUCCACGCGGAAACUGGGCCGCCAUUGACGGCGUUCUCCAAGACCCGGCACCAAGCGACAACUGCGCAGGCGCCCAAGCCCACAGGGCGGAAGCGGAAGCGGAAAGCUGCGUACGGCGUGUGGACGAUUCAGCGGCCUGCAGCCAUGCGCGGCUUGGCGGAGCGGGGUUCCUGCACCCCAGCGGCCCCGUGCGGGUGCACUCAGCCGGCCUUGGAGACAGGAAAUCUUUUAACUGAGCCAAUAGGCUACUUGGAGUCAUGUUUCUUGGCCAAGAAUGGUACUCCAAGGCAGCCGUCCAUUUGCAGCUACUCCAGAGCCUGUUUGAAGAUCAGAAAGAGCAUCUUUAAUAAUCCUGAGCAUUCCUUGAUGGGCCUGGAACAGUUUUCUCAUGUUUGGAUUUUGUUUGUUUUUCACAAAAAUGGCCAUUUGAACUACAAGGCAAAAGUACAGCCGCCUAGGUUGAAUGGGGCAAAGACUGGAGUGUUCUCCACAAGGAGCCCACAUCGCCCUAAUGCAAUAGGACUGACGCUGGCCAAGCUGGAGAAGGUGGAAGGUGGCUCUGUAUUCCUGUCUGGAAUCGACAUGAUCCAUGGCACACCCGUUCUAGACAUAAAGCCCUACAUUGCUGACUAUGACACACCACAGAACUUGGAGCCUCUGGAUGUGCAGUGUAACCACCAUAAGCCUAGGGCCGCAUCCCAGUCUGACGGCACAGCUGACAGUUGUGACCAGCGGCUGCUCCCAGGGUGUGAGAACACAUUGCACUGCCAUAGUGCUGAGGAGAAACUGAAAUGCUUUGAAGACAGGACCCCAGAAGACACCUCCCAGAAGCCCACAGAUGGCACAGAAACACGGCACGCUUUGCCUGGGGACAGAGAGAGAACGGUGGGUGUGGUACUGGAAUCAAGCAGAAGUGCCGGUGUGGAUGUGGCUGAAGAGCAGCGUGGCCCACAGGAUCUGAAGAACUUUCUGGACAGCGGCACAGAUAGGUCAAGAAACAUAGACCGUGCCGUGGUCCUUCAGGGUAACAAUGCAGAGACACGGUGGGCUGCCUUCCAUGCCAGGACAGCUGACAGAGCGCCCUGCAGUGUCGUCCCUGCCUGGGUGAAGGAGGCCCCUGCAGCCUCGUUACAAGUCCGGUUUACUCCUCAUGCGGAGAUGGACCUGAGGAAGCUCAGUUCAGGAGAUGCGGGUCAGAUGUCAUUUAAAUACUUCCAGUCUGCAGAGGAAGCCAGGCGUGCCAUCGAGGCCGUGCUGUCGGCAGACCCCCGGUCUGUGUACCGGCGGAAGCUCUGCCAGGACCGCCUUUUCUUCUUCACUGUUGACAUAGCUCAUGUCACCUGCUGGUUUGGCCAGGGCUUUGCCGAGGUUCUGCAGAUUAAACUGGCUUCUGAGCCUGUUGAGAUGACUGACCCUGAGGAGUCCUUGGUGGCCCUGGGGUCUUGAGCCCCAUUGUGUAUUUAGACGGCCUAGUUGACCUGUGGGUGUAGCUGCUUUUGUCCUCUUACUGCUUCAGUUGGUGCCUUUUACAAUAUUUAUUUCAAGGAAAUUGUUGUUUGAUUUUGGUUUUGGUUUUGAUUUUUCAAGACUAUUUUCUGUGUAGCCCUGGAUGUCCUGGAACUCCAGGAUAGACCAGGCUGACCUCAAACUCACAAAGAUCCACCUGCCUCUGCCUCCAGUGUGUGCCCUCAUGCUUGGUGAAGAAAACGUGUGUUCAUCAACGUCCCUGAGAGCUGUAAAACACAGUGUCCCCACCAUGUGCUGUGCUCCAGUGCCGCAGACUCCCAAAGCCUGGAAACUCUCAUUACUAGUGCUUGACACAGAGAACAUUCUCCUUUAUUUUAUUGGUUUUUCAAGAUAGGGUUUCUCUGUUAACUCUGACUGUCCUGGAACCAUGCUCUCUAGACCAGGCUGGCCUUGAACUCAGAUUCACCAGCCUGUGCCUCCUGAGGGCUGGAAUUAAAGAUGCACGCCUUACCGCCCGUUGACAGAGAACACUGAUGGGUUUCCACGUCACAGCUGAUCCAUUCAUCAGUUCACACUGACUUUCCCCACUCAAGAGCCUGUUGUAAAUCACACUGAGUUAUAAUGUCUUAGGUGACCAUAGCAAUCUUUAUGGAUUAAAUUGCUGCUUUGGAAGGACUUUGUUACACACACAUGCAAAUAACAAAUCUGAGCUCCUUCAAUAUCCCGAGUCAGAAAGGAAAACUACCCCCUCCCCCACCUCAAAGUGGCUACUGGUUUGUCUCUGACUCUGCUAAGAAGCCAUGACUCAGCUUUUGGUGAUUACCAUGAGCUGAACAAAAUGUGGGGCAGAGUUCAAGGCACACACUCACAUAGCCCAGGCUGUCCUGGAACUCUGAUCCUCUUGCCGCGGUCCCCUGGUCUCUGAUGUGUUUCGUGUCACAAGUCAUGGGUUGUGGAGGAAGUAGACACCCGUGCCGGAGUGGAUACAGUUUGAUAAACUAACACUGCACAGUUCUGUGCCGCUCAGGAAGCAAUUACAGGGGUGUGUGGCUUGUAGGUGAUUUUAAUGAGGCGCUCUGAGAUAACUGAAGAUUUAUGAUCGGUGUAGCCAAAUUAGACUCCUGUCAACUUGGUACUCUUUCCUAAUCACAGCUACAGAUCUCAGAGCUGAUUGAUCAUGGUUUGGAACCAGCCCAUGGCCUGUGGGAACUUGUGCAGCCAUUGGCAGGUGCCAUCCCACUCCUGAGCUGUCUGCUGGGUAGCUGUCGUUCCCUUUGACACUGCUUACAGUGUUUUCUGACAGGAUCUUAAAUUUGAUUUUUCUAAAGCUUUUUUUUUCUUCUGAAAUACAGACUAAGAAGUUGUGAAAAUAACUCAGAGGUUUCUUCUAGCCUUUCUGAUCUUCCAGUGGAAACAUCUAAAAGUAUAGUAUUAUAGUGAAGUGCUUGGCAUUGGUAGGGCCUAUCUUGUAGUCUGCUUCUGAUGCCUCUUUGUGUGUGUUUGUGUGGGUGUAUGUUGUGUGGAUAUGUGCACAUGUAUGUGGAGUCCAAAAAUGGUAUCCACAUUAAAAAAAAUAUUACUAUGAUAAAACCCAGGGCUGCACAGAGAAACCCUGUCUUGAAAACACAAAAACACCAAACCCCAAAAAACAACAAACAAAAAAUAGCAAUAAACCCCUCCUUCUUAGAAACUCAAAACAAAAGUCCCUCGCAGAUAAAUAAAAACAAACCAGAUCUAAUGUCUCUACAAUUUAAUGAACUUCUGUACAGUUAGAGUUAGCAUUUGGAGUGGAAUCUGUGGUAUUUCUUUUUAUUGAUUUUUAUUGAGCUCUACAUUUUUCUCUGCUCCCCUCCCUGCCUCUCCCUUCCCCCUUUUAACCCUCCCCCAAGGUCCCCAUGCUCCCAAUUUAUUCAGGAGAUCUUGUCUUUUUCUACUUCCCAUAUAGAUUAGGUCUAGGUAAAUCUCUCUUAGUGUCCUCAUUGUUGUCUAGGUUUUCUGGGAUUGUGGUUUGUAGGCUGGUUUUCUUUGCUUUAUGUUUAAAAACCACCUAUGAAUGAGUACAUGUGAUAAUUGUCUUUCUGUGUCUGGGUUACCUCACUCAAAAUAAUGUUUUCUAGCUCCAUCCAUUUUCCUGUAAAAUUUAAGCUGUUUUUUUUUUUUUUCUGCUGUGCAGUACUCCGUUGUGUAAAUGUACCACAUUUUCUUUAUCCAUUCUUCGGUCGAGGGGCAUUUAGGUUGUUUCCAGGUUCUGGCUAUGACAAACAAAGCUGCUAUGAACAUAAUUGAGCACAUGUCCUUGUGGCACGGUUGAGCAUCCUUUGGAUAUAUACUCAAAAGUGGUAUUACUGGGUCUUGAGGAAGGUUGUUUCCUAAUUUUCUGAGAAAUCACCACACUGACAUUCAAAGGGGCUGUACCAGCCUGCAUUACCACCAGCAAUGCAGAAGUGUUCCCUUUCCUCACAACCUCUCCAGAAGCUGUGGAAUUUCACAUUAAGCUUACACUUUCAGUACUGAAUAUAUUUUUUCUUUCUUUUUUCUUUUUUUUUAAACAUCGUCUCACUGUCUUGGAACUCACUGUGUAGACUAGAUUGGCCUUGAGCUCCUACAGAUACCUGUCCAGCUCCCCCCACCCCAGAUAGGGUUUCCUCUGUGUAACAGCCUUGGCUGUCCUAGAACUCGCUUUGCAGGCUGACCUCAAACUCACCUGCCUCCAAGUGCUGGGAUCAAAGGCAUGCACCACCACUGCCUGGCUUGAAUAUAUUUUAUACUCUUAUCCACCACCCAAAUAAAAGAUCUGUGACAGAACAAAUACUCUUAACCACUGAGCUCUCUCCCCAGCCUGUUUCUCUCUUUUAAAAUGAAGAUACUUUUAUUUAGCAUGUAUGCAGUGUUCUGCCUGCAUGUGAUGUGUCCCUGCAGGCCAGAAGGGGGCACCAGAUCUCAUUAAAUGGCUGUGAGCCACCAUGUGGUUGCUGGAAACUGAACUCAAGACCUCUGGAAGAAGCAGUCAGUGCUCUUAACCUCUGAGCCAUCUCUCCAGCCCCCAAGAGUUUUGUACAUAUUUUGAUCAUGUUUAUCCCUCCUCCAAUUCUCAGGUCCACCCCUGCCUACUCAUCCAACCCCACCCAACUUUGUUUCUUUUUUUAAAAAACCCAUCAAGACCAGUUUGUGCUUCCUGAUAA